AUGUUACUUCGAAAACCAGAUAAAGCCUAUAAAUUAACAACAGGACAGGACAAAAGUAAAGAACCCAAACCAGAUCAGGUCCAUCUCACCGAACACACCGAAAACGAAGAGGAGGACAUGCAUGUAUCAGAAAUUUCAUCUUCUGCAGGCAGUGUAGGCCCAUCACAACAAACCACUGCCGGUCCAUCAACAUCAACACAAAAACAUGAUGAUGACGACGAAAACCAAUCUGUGUCAAGUAGAAGUAGCGUCACCACGCACUUUGCAGAUGGGGCAAAAAUUUGUUCAGUUACCUUGGGUGUAUAUGAUCUUGAAGAACGACAUAUGGCAGAUUAUGUAGCGGAAAAGUUAACCGAAACUUGUAAUUUAUGGAAUAUACAAAAGGAGAAUAUAACUGCAGUUGUAACAGACAGCGGAGCAAAUAUUGUGAAGGCAGUCGACAUUGCUUUCGGCAAAAAUGUGCAUAUACCCUGCUGUGCACAUACUUUAAAUUUAGUGGUUGAAAGAUCUGUGGAGAACGUUCCAAAUUUAACUAACCUAGUAAAUAAAGUGAAACGAAUUGUAACAUGGUUCAAACAAAGUGUUUUGGCAAGUGAUGAACUUAGAAAACUAACACCGUAUAAGUUAAUACAGGCAGUUCCAACACGCUGGAACUCUAUGUACUAUAUGUUGGAAAGAUUCCUGAAGCUAAGAGCGUCCAUCAAUGAAAUAGUUAAUAGACAUGUUACUGCUCCACCAAUGGUUACAGCUUUGGAAAUUCAACAAAUAGAAGAAGUUAUCGGAUUGCUACUGCUCUUGGAAGCCGCCACCAAGGAGUUAUGUGGGGAAAGUUAUGUGACUUCUAGUAAAAUUAUACCUAUGAUGCAUUGUCUUGACAAAAAAAUAUCGUCAAGUAAAUGUCAGUCGGAAAUAGGAUCAAAAUUGAAAGAUGAAUUAAAUUCAGAACUGAAGCGUCGAUUUAAUCACAUCGAGGACGUGCAUUUACUGGCUCUACCUACGAUUCAGGAUCCACGAUUUAAAAAACUUCAUUUUCAAAACGCUUUAGCUUGCUCUAAAAGUAUUACCCGAUUACAAAAUUUAAUGAUGUCGGCUCUAGAAGUUACUGAAGCAGAUUCGGAGGAUAUGAAUAUUCUCGAAGUUCAAGAAGAUGAAAAAUUCAACCUUUGGAGCGAACAUCAUAAGAUAGUAGAAAAUGUUAGUGGUGCUUCCUCUUAUGCCUCUCAUCGUGAAGAACAAAAAGCUAAAGUUUCUGCCGAAAUUACUCAGUAUCUUCAAUGUCCUAUUAGAAAUUUUACAGAAAAUCCGUUGGAGCUCUGGAAGGAGAUGAAAUGUAUAUUUCCUACUUUAUCCAAGAUUGCACCAAAAUAUCUUAGCAUGAUACAUCGCGCAUCCCUAGUGCAAAGCCAAGAACCAUCCCAGGAUGGGAUCACUCCAGAAUUUGCCUAG